CAAAAAGUCAAAAAUGCAGAGUUCUCUCGCGUUGGCAUUUUUCUCUGGCAGGAGGAGGUAGUCUUCAAUCCAAUUUCGACGUUGUAAUUUUGAAACAACAGUACAAAACGUCGCAACUUUUCGUCAUUCAAUUCAUUAGGUGUUACGUGCAAUUUGUACUAGUAGCACAAUCCAGAAACUUUGAAUUCACCCAAAUCUAUUUAAAUAUGUCUGAUUUCGAGUUUCUGUUUACCUCUGAAUCCGUCGGUGAGGGUCACCCCGACAAAAUCUGUGAUCAGGUAUCUGACGCUGUUCUAGACGCGUGUCUGGCCGAGGACCCUCAGUCGAAGGUAGCCUGCGAAAGUGCGUCAAAGACCGGUAUGAUCAUGGUCUUCGGCGAGAUCACAACUAAGGCUGUGCUUGACUAUCAGCAAAUCAUCCGUGGUGCCAUUAAGAAGAUUGGUUACAACGAUUCCUCUCUAGGUUUCGAUUACAAGACGUGCAACGUCAUGAUUGCGAUUGAGCAGCAGUCUCCAGAUAUUGCACAAGGUGUUCACGAAGAACGUGAUGAUCUUGACGUAGGCGCUGGUGAUCAGGGAAUCAUGUUUGGUUAUGCGACCGAUGAAACUCCGGAGUAUAUGCCUCUUACUUGCCAGCUGUCGCAUCAGCUUAAUGCCAAGCUUGCCGAGCUUCGUCGUUCAACCCAUCCUUGGAUUGGACCCGACACCAAGACUCAGGUCACUGUGGAGUACAAGAAGUCCGGUGGAUCUCUUGCUCCCGUCCGUGUGCACACAGUUGUAAUUUCUGCACAGCACACUGAUGACAUCAAGCAGGAUGCUAUCGUUAAGGCUCUAGAGGAAGAUGUUGUCAAAGCCGUCAUUCCCGAGCGCUACCUUGAUGCCAAUACUGUACUUCACUUGAAUCCAAGUGGACGAUUCGUUAUCGGCGGACCUCAAGGUGAUGCCGGACUAACAGGCCGUAAGAUCAUUGUAGACACUUACGGAGGUUGGGGAGCUCAUGGAGGAGGUGCCUUCUCCGGCAAGGAUCCAACCAAGGUUGAUCGAUCAGCCGCCUAUGCUGCUCGUUGGGUUGCCAAGUCACUUGUUGCAGCCAAGUUGGCAAACAGAUGCCUUGUGCAGCUUUCAUACGCCAUUGGUGUAGCUAAGCCCCUAUCUGUGUUCGUAGACACUUAUGGAACUGGAACCAAAACUGAUGGUGACAUUGUCAAGAUCAUCGAGCAGAACUUUGAUCUUCGCCCUGGAGCUUUGAUCCGUGAUCUGGAUCUAUUGAAGCCGAUAUAUCAAGACACAGCAUGCUACGGACAUUUCGGCCGCAAUGAGUUCAGCUGGGAGAAGCCCAGAAUCCUCAACUUUUAAUUACAAGAUUUUCAAAUAACCAAUAUUGGACAGCUUACGUUGAGUUUGUCCCGUGACGGUUCAACAUUAUAAUGCUUUUAAGAGGUGGUUGAUUUCACCUCACCUAACGAUUAUUAGGUGUAAAGAAGGCAAGAGAUAAUACAAUAGCACUGGAGUCAGUUCUGGAUAGCUCUUAACAUUAACUGUAAACAGGAUAAGUAUUUAAAUAUAAAAAGGCAUCCUUGAGCAUG